ACACGAUGCUCCGGAUACUCCAGUGGGCCGCCCUUGGACUUGUGCUCCGUGGUGCCCCCUUGGCACGGCCACGCGGGGGUAGCGCCCCCCUCAUUGGGAUCACCCUGCUGGGAGCGCACACGACCUGGGCGGCCACGGACCCCAUGAGCCAGGGCGCCAUCGUGCUCGCGAGCCGCGCCCGCGGGGAGUCGCGCGAGCUGUGCGGCGACCUGGACGCCGACGUGGACGUCGACCUCGAGGAGCUGGAGGCCGCGGAGCGCUGGCUGCUCCCGUACCACGAGGUGGAGGCGGACCCGGACGAGUACCUCGGCUGGGGGUUCUCUUCGCGCUACCCGCUGCGCAGCUCUGACUACGGCAACCACACGAGCGAGCUGCUGCUCCUCACCGUGGCGUCCCAUCCUUCGGACGGGUACCGGAGGUUCGAGCGGUCCGCCCAAAUCUUCAACGUGCCGAUGAAGGUUCUUGGCAUGGGUAAAGAGUGGAAUGGUGGAGACAUGAGCCGCCCUGGUGGUGGUUACAAAAUCAACUUAUUGAAGGAAGAACUUGAACAAUACAAAAACGAUUCCAAUAAAAUUAUUUUGUUUACUGAUGCCUUUGACGUGGUCAUUCUAGCAAAUGCAGACAAGAUCAGUAAGCAGUUCCGUAGUUUAGAUGGGCGUAUUGUUUUUUCUGCUGAGGGCUUCUGUUGGCCUGAUGAAAGUUUGGCAUCAAAUUAUCCUACUGUAGCCCGUGGAAAGAGAUUCUUGAAUUCUGGAGGGUUCAUUGGUUAUGCACCAGAGUUGUAUCAAUUAGUUACUUCGAAAGAUGUGCAAGACACGGAUGAUGAUCAACUGUUCUAUACACACAUGUAUUUGGAUGCUGAAAUCCGGAAACAACUAAAUAUUAAGCUUGACCACCGCUCAACAAUUUUCCAGAAUUUAAAUGGAGCCUUGGCUGAUGUUGAGCUUCAGCUGGAGGCAGGAAACUCAUACAUAAAAAAUACUGCUUAUUCGACAAUCCCUCUCAUAGUGCAUGGAAAUGGACCCAGCAAGACUGUUUUGAAUUCUCUGGGGAACUACAUUGCGAAAAGCUGGAGCUUACAGGACGGGUGUUUACUGUGUGAUGAUAAUAAACUUGAUUUGUCUCAAAAGAAGGAGUUAUUGUGUCCAAAAAGAGUGCAGUGCAUAUCUUAAUGUGGAUGCUGAGGCACACUUGGACAACUCUAAUGCACUACGCUUGUUACUGGAAACCAAUCGAGGAGUUGUCGCUCCAAUGCUAACCAGACCAUACAAAGCCUGGUCGAACUUUUGGGGCGCUCUCAGUACUGAUGGCUUCUAUGCAAGAUCUACAGACUAUAUGGAAAUAGUCAACCUCGAACGUCGGGGCCUCUGGAAUGUCCCGUACAUCAGUGGCUGUUAUUUGGUGAAUGCAACUAUAUUAGCUGAUAAAAAGUCACAGCCUUCAUAUUCAUUUGGCACAUUGGAUCCUGACAUGGCAUUUUGCCACAGUCUUAGAGAAAAGGGUUCUUUCAUGUUUGUGUCCAAUUUACAUGACUUUGGACAUCUUGUGAACACUGAGAACUAUGAUCUCACACACACUCAUCCUGACUUUUACACACUUGUUGAGAACCGUUGGGAUUGGGAGCAGCGGUACAUUCAUCAAGACUAUGCCAAUGCUCUUGAUCCUCAAUCCACUCCCCUUCAGCCUUGCCCUGAUGUGUACUGGUUCCCAGUUGUUACUCCUCGUUUUUGUCAAGAGUUAAUUGAUAUAAUGGAAAACUUUGGGAGGUGGUCCGAUGGCUCCAACAAGGAUGAGCGAUUGGCUGGUGGAUAUGAGAAUGUUCCUACUCGGGACAUUCAUAUGAAUCAGGUUGGGUUUGAUCCCCAAUGGCUGGAGUUUCUUAAAUCUUAUGUAAAACCCUUAGUUGAACGAGUAUUCACUGGUUACAAUAAUGAUACUCCAAGGUCGAUUAUGAAUUUUGUUGUGCGAUAUAGACCUGAUGAACAGCCUUCUCUUCGUCCCCAUCAUGAUUCUUCAACAUAUACUAUUAACCUUGCAUUAAACAGACCUGAAGUAGAUUACCAGGGUGGAGGGUGUAAUUUCAUACGCUACAACUGCAAAGUAACUAAGACUCGAGUAGGAUGGUUGCUGAUGCACCCUGGUCGUCUAACUCACCUACAUGAAGGCCUUCCUGUUACAAAUGGAACCAGAUACAUAAUGAUUUCAUUUGUAGAUCCCUAAUUUAUUUACCUGUUAAAUGAAAAAACAAAAAAAAUGUUCCUUGUAAGAGUUGAAAUUACCGGUAAGUUUAAUAUGGAGAUAAUUUCUAUUUCAAGAGACUGAUGAGAAUUUCCUAGCCUGGGCAGUGUUCAGUAGUAGGCAUGCUUUGUGCAUUGGGAGUGGAAUAUGUAGUCAACUAGUCAAAAAAUCGUGUAAAAAAUAAAUCAUCUUAAAAGUUUACUGAGCAAUUUCAACAAUGGUUUUGUUAGAAAAUAUAUUUUCUUCAAAGGCCUGCUUAGCCUGCUUAUUCUAGACCGUGACUUAUCUACUUGUUUUAAAUUUCCUGGACAUCAACUCUGUAUUUGUACAUACAAAAAAAUGAAUUUUUAUCACUGCCUGUAACUAGAACGAAUAACUAUACAUUAAGACCAUGACAAGAAUUCUUAAUUUUAUACAUCAGUGUUCCUCAUAUCAUUGUAAAUGAAUCUCCAUGUCCUCGAUAUUGAUACUGAUGCUAACCUGACACGAUAUAUUUUUAAGUGCAUUAUUAUAUACCUAUUUAACAUUUUUUAAACUGUUUGAAAUAAAAAAUAAUAGUUUGUAGACUGAAA